AUGAGUGCAGAUCCAAAGGCGCUGUUGGAGGCGCAGAACGACAUCCACGGACGAAUGUCUCGCUCCGUGGACAAUCUGCGCAAGAUGGGCGUCUCGAGCAUCACCGCCGAAGCGAUUCAGGCUCGCCUCCGCAUUCUCGACACGCUGUGGACCAGAUUCGAGACCCAUCAUGACCUCAUUGUAGCGGCGCUGAAAGACAAAUAUCUUGAGAGUGAGUACGCAAAGAAUGAUUUUAUCGAUAUCGCGGAAACUACCUACGUGACACAAAGGAGCACGCUGGUCGAAUACGCGCACAAACUCAAGGGCAAGUCGUCCACCACGCCCAAGGUCGAGGCUCACCAAGAGCAGACGCUCAAGACCUCGCUGCCGCGAAUUAAGCUCCAGUCGUUCUCCGGUGCAUACAGCGAUUGGCCCGCGUUUCGCGACAUCUUCUUGUCCAUCGUCGGGAGCAAUACAUCCAUUUCCGACGUGGAAAAGCUCCACUAUCUCCGUACGAGCUUACAGGGUCCUGCGGAAAAACUAAUUAGGGCCUUGUCGAUUGUCGGGGGCAAUUAUGACAGGGCGUGGUCAAUUUUAAGUUCUCACUACGAGAACAAGCGAGAGCUCAUUCGCGCCAACUUCGCUGCCUACAAUGAAGAACGCGACCGCUGA